GGAGAGAGUGCGAGGCGAGCGCCACGGAGAGAGGGAGUGGGAAGGCGCGCAUCCCUUGUGAGCGGUGCCGCGCCGCGCGCGCCACUCACGCACGGCGCACGCCGCACGCCACCUCCGUCUCGCGCGGGGUCCGAUCUCUCGCUCUCGACGUCUCUGUCUCGCUCUUAACGGUAUCGCCACGUCGCCUCUUCGUACCGUCCGUCUCCCUCCACAUCCCCAUCCCCCUCUCCAUGCCUUUCAGACUCACCCCACAUCGCGCUGCGAGACCCCUGCUCUCCGCGAGACAUUCGUUUCACGCUCCCGUCUCACCCGCUUGACAGUUCGUCGUUCGCAGCAUUCACAGCGCGCGUCCGUGCGGACUGUAUUUCAUUCAAAUCCAUGCUUUUAUUUUUGGUAACAAUCGCACAAAUUAUCACUUAUAUUAUUCAUUAAUUCGUUUCGCCUCCGCGCUGCGCCCCACUCUUCAUCCGACGACGCCCGGGCAGCACUUCUGCUGCCCACGUGAGCCGGCCGGAGCCAUGGGCACCGUCCUGUCCCUGUCCCCGUCCUCGCGCAAGGUCCGCUCCGUGGCGGACGAUGGCCCCGCGUCGCUAGCGCGCUACACGGCGGUGCAGAACAGCAAGAACGCCAAGGAGAAGGGCCUCAAGCGCCACUCGAUGCUCAUCUCUGCGCUCACGUGGAAGCGCCUCGUGGCCGCCUCCACGCGCAAGAAGAGCGCGAAGAAGGCGAGCCCUGCCCUGGCGCAGGGGAACGGCGGCGGCGUCCUCCGCAAGUCGCUCUCGUGCGCCAACCUCAGCGCCUACUGCCAGCCUCCCGCACCGGUGUUACCGGGGGGCGGAAAGGCGGCCCCACCUCCCUCGUACCAGCAGCAGCAACAGCAACAGCUGCAGCAGGUGUCGUCCAAGAAGCCGGGGUCGGGCACCUCGCUGCUGCGGAGCCCGCCGCGCCGCGUCGUCGUCCAGGCCUCCACCUCGGAGCUGCUCAAGUGCCUGGGCGAGUUCCUGUGCCGCCGCUGCUCCCGCCUGCGCCACCUGUCCCCGUCGGAGCCGGGCCUGUGGCUGCGCGCCGUCGACCGGUCCCUGCUGCUGCAGGGCUGGCAGGACCAGGCGUUCGUGACGCCCGUCAACGUCGUCUUCGUCUACCUGCUGUGCCGCGAGGCGGUGAGCGCGCACACGGGCAGCGAGCACGAGCUGCGAGCGGCGCUGCUCACCUGCCUCUACCUGUCCUACUCCUACAUGGGCAACGAGAUCUCGUACCCGCUCAAGCCGUUCCUCGUGGAGAGCAGCCGGGACGCCUUCUGGGAGCGAUGCCUGCGCAUCAUCGACCUCAUGAGCGCGCACAUGCUGCGCAUCAACGCCGACCCGCACUACUUCACGCAGGUGUUCGCCGAGCUCAAGGAGGAGGGAGCUCGCGACCUGCAGCCUCGGUGGACGUUCACGCUCGACCGGUAGCCGCGCUCGCUGUGUCCUACUGUGUGCGAGGAUUUGGAGAAGAAGAUGAUGAAAAAUACGGCGAUGAUGGAUACAAGAGGUUCAUACUUGAUUCGGGGGGGGGGGGGGAGGGGGUUGAGGUGCGUUACGGGCGUAGAUUGUCGCUUCAGUGGUGAUGCGAGUCGAGGAGAGUGAGUGGAUUUAAUAGGUCGCGUCCCGAUAGGAGAUGGGAUUGAAGGAGCUAUGAGUCGCCGUGCUGUAGAUGUCACUCACUCGCAGAGCCCCACGCUUACAGUCCCGUUUCUAUUGUAAAUAUGCAUACACACAUACACAGGUGUACCAUAUUCAUUAACACACCGUUACAAACACGUCCACACACAAUGUUGCAAACAAACACACAUACAGCCACAUACAUUGUUCAACACACACACAUUUUACCAUACAUACACCCCGCCACACCCCCCCCCACCGCGCACUCAUAAUGUUCCAUACGUACAGUCCUUUACGUACACACACACAUCGUUUCUCAAUAUACGUAUACACUGCUCAAUACAGACCCUUACUCAUAAACACACAAACAGUAGUCAAAGCCCCAAAGACAUAAACACUGUUCCACUCACACACACACACAGCCCCAUACACACAAUAUACACGGUCACACACACACAGCCCCAUACACACAAUAUACACGGUCACACACACAUAGCCCCAUACACACAAUACACACGGUCACACACACACACAGCCCCAUACACACAAUACACACGGUCACACACACACACACACAGCCCCAUUCACACAAUACACACGCACACACACACAGCCCCAUACACACAAUAUACACGGUCACACACACAUAGCCCCAUACACACAAUAUACACGGUCACACACACACACAGCCCCAUACACACAAUACACACGCACACACACACACACGCGUGCACACAGCCCCAUAUACACGCACACACACGCAGACACAGUCCCGUACACAAUACACACAGUCUCACACGCACACACACAGCCCCAUACAUACAAGACACACACACGGUCACGCAUUAUACAAUGACACACCCCCCCCACUCCACACUGUCCCGCCCACUCUGACCCCACGGCUGUCCCUGGUUGAGGUCAUACAGAACAAUGCCACAAUAACUGUCCAGCUGAUGUCCCCUCUGCGGAUCAAAUGCCCAUGCACCGACUCCCUCGAGCCCGGGUAUCUCACUCCGUGCGCGUUGGCUGCGCGAGUGCGAACGACUGAAACAACUUGACGUCAGCAAGGCUUCGGCUGGCUAGACGUACUUUAUUAUAUGUGUGGAGGGUACGGGGGCGCCGACGAGUUAUGAUUUCGCGAGAUGCGGAACCCCAAAGGACGAACGCCGAGGGAAAUGAAACGCAGCAUUGUGAGUUUGAGGAUCGUGAAACGGCAGCAAAGGAAACUCGGUCAAGUCACUUUGUAAAUUCACUUCCUAUCAUUCUCACGGGAGGGAAGUGGGGUCUGUAUGUCUGGAGGGGGGGGGGGUGGAGGACGUGGGGGAGGGGGAAAGAAAAUGUGUGCUCCCCCCAGCCCCUCCCCUCAACCUCCACCCCCCCCCCCAUCGACCUAAUUUCCAUCAACUCAACCAAUGCCCGAUGAUGGCCCACAUGUGGCUGCGAGCAAAUUAACGACUCUAUCGUCAUCUGUCACGAUCAAUCCACUGCCGGAUGACGGCCCUCUCCAAGCACUCCGUCGCCAUCUCUCACGGCCCUGCGAUGGAACAAUCCAUCUGGCAGGCGAGCCGAUUCCAUCGCUUCCUCUCCGCGCUCAAGAUACACGUGAGAGAGCAGGGGGCGACCUGAAAUAUGUACGAAUCUCGAUGUGAAGGGCGAAUACUUCGGACGAAGGACUUGAUCCAAGGGCGACUUACUCGAUUGUAUAGAUGGACGACACAUCCCGUCGACAACUGCCUGCUCUGAUGAGAAGGCGCCUGUGUUGUAUCUAAUUUGUUGUUGUUGUUGGUGGUUGUUGAACUGUUUGCUGGAGGUCACUUUGGUGUCCGGGUGAUGAAUCGUCGAUGGACAAGACACUCUUUUAUUUACACCACGCCCCUCCUGUGUUAAUCCACUGCUGGGCGAAGAUAUCUCUGCCCACGUUGUGUGCCAGUCACGGGGGCCUGUUUGACCAUGCUGGGUUGGUGAGUGUUCGUGAAAUGUGGGUUGGAGCUAGGCACCGGUUCAGAUAUCACUCGUCACUGACGAUGGUUAGCCGUGGCCUGGAAUCGAAAUCGGGUUGGGCGAGUUCUUUGUGCAGUGAGGGGCCACAACCGCUGCGCCACCACUCAAACUGAGUUGCUAAGGUAUGUGGGUCAGCAGAGUGGCAACCGGUACGGUGUCGACUUAACGGUUCAAAGUUGAAGCAACACAAAACGAUGCGGAAUAGAGAGAAUGGCACCGCAAAGAAAUCGAUAGCUGUUUUGAGAACGUGAACACGUUUCAGCAGCUAUGCUCAAACCACGCCCGUUUUGUCGAUAAUAAGAAUGAAUUCGAAUAUUACGCCCGACUUUUGUUAGGAAGGAAAGGGAUUAAAAAAAUAGCAAACAUAGUUAUUACAACAACAAAAAACAACAUUUGGAAAUGUUAAACAAAGGAACUCGCUUUGGCAGUGGGGCUCAGAAGAACAAAUGAAUAGAACGCUCACUAGGUUCGUCAUUAAAUACUCUCAAGGCCGCCCAACCACUCUGAAGAAUGGCCACUGCUCCCAACGUUAUCCUGUUAAAUCGACUAACGUUUGUAGCGAUAACAGACAUCAUCAGCAUCUCGUCACUUUAUUAUUUAACACGGUACUUCGCUUGUGCGUUUAUACAUGCGGUCACGUCUCGAUCGCGCAGUCGUGUCAAUCAGCAGCAGCAUACUGACCAUCACUUUAUUUAUUAGUGCGUGUAAAUAAUAAUUAACAUACACGCGCAUGCGAUAAAAAACACAACACGACGAUCUUAAUGAUCGUGAGAAUCAAUUACUUUGAUGUGUAGCGCCCUCGAUGCUGGGGCAGCCCAUCUCAAACAUUUGAAGGGGCACCCCCUGGGGCAGCUGGCCCUGUGGGAACAGAGGUGUCUCACCACCUGGCCUGCAAAACGGGCAUUAGUGUGCCAAGUAUGAUCGGGCAAGGUGGGAGGUGGGGGGGCGCGGAGUGAUUUCUGCUGCUGUGUAUAAUCUCAACUGAGCAUUUUGCGCGUAAUUUCUAAUUCGGCGAACGGUGUCAAAUCUCAAACGCAUCAAUGUGAAACAGGGCGGCCGCAAUAACGCGAUCGUCGCCGUCAAUGUAAACCGGGUUGCAUCGGACGUCGGUGACGAACGUGUCGAGUGGCGAGCGAGCAGGAACGCGGCGCCACGCGCGUUCGCGUCGUGCGUGGAGGUGCGAUCGGCCGCGUCGUCGAGAACCCCCCAACCCCACGCGUUGAUCCCGGCGCGGUGGCUCCCUCGUGACAGUCGGAGCCGAGUGCGGUCGGCCCCGCGGGCUCCAGGGUCGCGAGAGGCGGCGUCGCUGCUAAUCCCGCGCGCCAUCUGUUGAGCGGAGCAGCUCGAUGGGGGGUCGUGAACACGAGGCUGUGUCCACGCACAGCUCGCCACCACGCUCUUGCCUUGUGCCGGCCAGCCCCGUAGCGUGACCCCGUUUAAGGGGGGGAUACACAAACUCAGGGGAGGGAGGCACGGCAGAGUCAACGUCAAACAAACGGUAGAGACAGGCGUACGGCCACAAACAGGACUGGUGACGAUCAUUCUAUCCGAGUUGUCGAUCGUUCUUUGGGCAAUUGCUCUCGUCACCGUAAAUGGUCACAAACGGCAGAGGCGCAGGCCUGCAAUCGCUUUGCUCACGCGACUGACUGCUAGCGGAAGGGUGUCCUCGAGAUCAUUCGACAGGAGACAAGACUGCGACGCCCAUCUCUUCAAUGUACCGAACCUCAUGUUUUGUCGUGCCCAUCCCAUAUUAGACGAAGAGGGGGUGACUGAGCCUUUAGCAAGGGGAUGGAAAUCAGCACCCCCCCUCCCCACCACCCCGAUGCCUCGUGCUAUGUCCAUCGCACGUGGACGGGAGCACAACACAAAAGAGCGACCUUGGAAGGUCGCGUUUCUGUGUUGCUCGGUGCCAACGCGACGCGAUGAUCCUCCAGAGCGGAGGGCUGCGAUUGGUCAGCUCUUCCGCGUGUUGGUAACAACAACGACAACAAUAACAACCCAGGGUUGUCCGCGACGCUGUUGUUCCACCGCGACAAAUCCGUCUAACCUUGCUCCACUUGUGUAUGGGUGAUUCGCGCACGUGUGUUCGUGUGUGUGUGCCUGCUUAUGAUGGAGGAGGCUCGUGAAGGACGCCACUGGGCAGUUGGAGGCAGUCGCCCUCCAACAACAACGGAGGGCAAGAGGAGCGACGCUCACAACAAUGAGCGGAGCGCCGGGCAGAUAAAAUGCUGCAAGUUGGCACAGUAGGGGGUAUAGCUGGUGCAUCUACCAGUCAUCUCAGUCAGCCGACCCAUGGCACCUGGGUCUGUCCCGUGACCUGUUAGUUAGCCUUCGACACUUCACGUGGCCUCAAGGUGCACCUGGCCUGGCACAGGCGCCGUGGUGACGUCACUGUAACUUAGUGGCGAAUGGUGGCUGUUGGUUUUGGUUUAUGAUGCGACGGUUACCGAGCGCCUGGGGGUUACGACGCGUUAACAACAACAAAAAACAACGAAAUGGAGCGAGUCGGCGAGAGCGAUACAGGGUGGAGAUGUUAAACGAUUAAUCGAUUGGCAGAUUAGUGGUGUUUUCUCAAACGUCUGUACAUGCGAAAAAAAAAAAAGCUGGGGCGACGUGAGUCGCAGGAAUUAACGAGUUUCCAUCGUUAACGUGUGACCAGAGUCAAAUAACCAAACAGCGUUGACGCAAUGGACAUGUCACGUGCUGGCUACAGGUGUCGAUGUGCAUGAUGAUCGGCCCCGUACGCCUGCACCUGACCAGGAAUUUCUUCUGGAAGUUUCGAUUGGGCGCUGUGCGCUGCCACGUUAACACUUCGUCAACGACUUAGUUGACCCAUUCACGACGCCGGCAAUAGGUCUCUCUGUGCGAGUGUAAUUAUCCCAACUGUAAAAUAUAAAAGAUGUACGAUAAUUUAAUUAAUAACAAUGGCAUUUUCCAACCGUUUUGUCAAUCUGCUGCUGGGUGAAAGCCUCCCUACACCCCGUGGCGGUCUUAGAAGUUGUUUGACCAUACCUCACGCUCGUCAGGUCGUUUAAGCGCCAAUAAAUGAGAAGGAUUCAUAGCACAGUGCGCCAACCACUGCGCCACCGCUCCCCAAACAAUUCAAUGCAACCAGCAAAAUGUAUAUCCACAUGAUCUCAACGGCUUAGACGAAGGACACUGUUCGAACCAACGGAGCGAUCGUGGCUUCUUCAUUGCGCGGGUGGUGAUCGUGGAAGCCACGAUGCAGCCUCGCCAUCGAGUGUGCAGGCGGUGCAACUGCACCGGGACCCCACGGGAUGGAGGAGCCCAGACGCCGGGCUACACAUUGGCCCCAUUUUAUUCUUUGCACCCAGGGCUCGUGCUAACGACGCUACGCCAUGGGUACACAGAGUGGACCCGUGGGGAGGGAGACUUAAACACAAGUAUAUGGGACUCGUCCACACGUGACUGCAAUAGAGGUGGUUUUGUACUUUUACAAGUUAUCUUUGUGGCCGUGCACCAUCAGUGCUGCAUAACAAUGCAACUCUACAGAUAAGAGAAAAAACAACAACAACAACAACGUGAUUUAUAAGUGAGACGCCGGAGUUGGAUGGACCUGGUCCGGCACGCGAUUCAUGAACUUACUUCUGUACAGUUGUUAUUCAAGAGGCAUCUCUAAGACUUUAUUGGUCAGACUAAGGCAGCUUAAAGGCGACGACCGACGCAACAGACAUAUUUAUUCUAAAAAGAGGUAUAACUAGGACAAAACAACAAACCAUUGCGGCAUGAACUAUGUUUUUGUUAUUAUUAUUGUUGUUGUUGUGAAUUGUGGUCGAUUUUCAGGGCAGGGUGUAUUGGAAAUUGGGUCUUCUCAGAAGACAAAAACACGGGCCCCAUCAUGCGUGUGAAGUGCGCUUGCCAAUAAAAGCUGUCAGCCCGGCAGCAUUUGUUUAACAGGUCGGACUGCUGGUGAGACCCACAAAGUCGAAAUCGGCCCAGAGUUUGCCUCGCUUGUGCAAAUUCUGCUGAAAAGCGUUGGUAUGGAAAAGGCUCAUGGGAUGAUUCACUGAAUUAGUUUUUUUGUUUGUUUUGGAUGUAGAGAGAAAUUGUUUUUGUAAGAGCUGGGGUUUAGAGCACGGCAGCAUUCCCAGGGUCAGCGUUAAUCAGGGAGAGCGGGGGGGGGGGUCAACACGUGCCAAAGGCUCAUUUAGCCAGACUAAGGUACCCCUCACUCGAUACGCGCGAGAGAUGUUACCCAACGUGAACCUCCAUUGUGUUACAUCAAUGAUUCCCGUGCAGUUGUCACGACGACUCGAUAUAAUUUAGUUCACUAUCUUGCGUGAUGAGCCGGGCAGCCAGGUGCUAAUGGGCUUAAGAAUUAAGUCCACAACUUUUAAGUAACCCAAUCUCAUUCAUUAUUUAGGCAAACAACUGUCGCGCAAAUCAUUUGCUCGUCCUGGGAAUAGCAUCGACAGCCGGCGUAAGCCUUUCUCCGCCGUCAACGAAAAGGCGCGCGUGUCUGCGUUCGAGCCCCAACUCGAACCCAUAACCCAGGAACGAGCCUUUCGUGCCCAGAACGAUCGGUCAUGCGCGAUGCACGACUGCCAAGUGGGGCUCGUUUUAAAAGAGAAGAAUAACCAAUCGAUAUGACUAGUUUGUUUGUGUAUUUAUCUAUUUAUUUAUUUGUAAAAAAAAAAUGUUAAUCCUGGCUGAAACCUUGACAACAGCAGCAGCAGCAACAGCGAAAACGACAGCAGCCCGAGGCAGUGCACAUCCACGCUUCGCUGCCGUUUCACUGGAACGUUUGCUUGUUUUUUGGUAGCGUUCCCUUCGCUAUCGCGUCCAUAGCUGCACGUUUUGGAUGUGCCAGUGUUCGUUUGAGCUCAUUAGGAGUCGCGUAGUUGCUCAGCUGUUUGUGCUGCGGUAGCACAGCGCGUGGGUGUCGGUGGGGGGGGGUGGAAGGGAGACGGAAUCCGUUUCGUUUCCAGCCCCCCAAAAUAUUCUGCUUUGUGCGCGUGCGUGGGCGCGCGCGUAUGUUGUGUGCGCGCGCGCGUGCGCGUAUGUGUGUGCGCGCGCGCGUGCGCGUAUGUGUGUGCGCGCGCGGGUGUCGGCGUGCGUGCGUGUGUAGGCGUGCGGUGUUCACGCGUCUGUUUCGAAACUUUACGGCAAUGUUUUUUUCCCGCUGUUAUCGCCUCGGAGGAGAAGCUUUAGGGGGAAGUUAUGAUGAAUUAUUUGCUGUUAUCGCAGACUGAUUUAAAUAGACGUCACUUCUUCAAACGCUCAUCCCAUCAAAGAUCAAAACAGUGAGCGACUUGUUCAAACAGGGUGCCACUUCGCACGUGGGAGGGAGUUCCACAGAGUAGGCAACUUCGGUCAGAAUUUCAAUUCGCCCUAAAAAUAGGUACAGCAAUUCGCAGUGGUGUUUUUCUUCUUCAAAAUACGAAUUAUUUACGGAAAAAAUUCACGGUUUUCCACGAAAACUGCAAUUCACCCUCGCCGUGGCAUUUUAUGAGCAGUUUUCUGUUAUCGUUAUGUUAUUGAGCAUGUGCUCAAGUGGACAACAUCAUUUACAUCUGAAUUACGGUCUUAAGUGGUUGACUAAAUUCCCGAGUAAAAAAAACUCACACGGCAUGAGCAUUACCCAUGUCACGUGUCGGAAAUGUCCGACGAGAGAUCUUGGAAAUGCCUGCCGCCCCAUGGCACGAGUCUCCUUUUGACCUGUGCCGGGGGUGACACGAAGACGCGUCCGUUGUUGCGGCGUGGGUGGGGAGCGCGCUGCGUGCUUUCUUGACGCGUUACCAAACAAAAGCCAAUCAAUCUCGCCACCCUCAUUCUCUCUGCUUUGAAGAAGGUCCCAUUGUUUGAAGCAUCUUUUUUUUCUGUCAUAAAGUGUGAUGAGUUUGCUUGAAUUCGUGGCCCAUAUAAUAAUAAUGUAAUAGUACUCAUUAACAGCCUUUUGUCAUUCCACUGCUGGAUGAAGGCUUCCACGCGCCGCGUUGGUGCUGGAGAUUGUUUGAUCAGACUUCACCACGCUGGGCCAGAAUUGAACUCGUGACCGAUACAGCGGACAAGCAUUCUGGGUAGGGAGCUUACACUUUACCGGCCAACAAUUUACCGUACGUGUUUGAUGACUUACGCCUCAUCACAUCCAAUGGGCUUGAAACAUUUUCUUGUAACAAAAAAAAUCGGACCGAAAGUCAACAUUCGCCAACAACUCAUGGAAAUCCGGCUAUUCACGACCCAAUCGACGCAGCAGUAACACCAAUUGCAACACAACACGUGCGUGUUUGAACCACGUGGAUCCAUAACACACGUGUUUCAUAAACACGUGAUAUCAGCCACUAUCUUCUGAACUUCCAUAGUAUUCCGACUCCGGGAGGCAGUCUACAUUCUAUGGAUCAUUCGCAUUGCUUUGGUCUUUGAAACAGAGGCCCCAUUUCUCGUUGCUUUUAAAAUAAAUGUGUGUACAUAUUUAUACAUAUAUAUGCAUAGGUGACUCGUUUGUUGAUGGCUUGUGACGGAACAACAAUGCAGCAUCGCGGCGAAAGAUACACGUGCCAAUCUAAAACACAGGGCCCGUCCCCACAGUGUUACUAUUGUUAUGAUGAUAAUUACUAUGAUUGUUCAUGUAUAUAUGUUCCUUUGGUUUGUAUGAACUGUGUUCACAUUGUGUAUUUUUUUAAGUUGCUGAAAUAUGAACAGCUCAAUGUGCAAUUUAUUUAUUGACAUUUUGGAAUUAUGUCAUUCUGCUUUGUUAUAUAUAUUUAAUUUACGGAACCUUAUUGCGGAUUUUGUGAAGUCAUAGGUUUUUUUUGUAUCGCGAAAAAGACAUGAAAUAAAUGUAUUCCGUAAACUGGA